AUUAUUUUAUUACACAUUUUAUGUUUCAAACAUUAAGCUUUCAAAUGUCAGCGGGUAUAUAUAUACCGUUUUUUUUUUUUAUUUUAGAAGUGGUGUAAAAUUUUUUAAUUAAAAUGGCUAAGUCUACUGCCAUGUUUUCUCAACUUCAGCCAUGGAGUUCAGUGGCAGCUCAACCCUGUAUGGAGCAGACAGUUGGCGCACCCAUAACAACACGCGUUGGAAAUUACUAUCAAACGCCUAGACCACAUCCAUGGCGCCCAACAUUGGGAUUUGAAAAUAUUGAAGUGAUGCCACUGCCCAGCCAACCUGUCACCAAUGCUCUAUCUGAUCCCUGUUACACUCCUUAUGGAAUGAUAACGGAACCCUUGAAAUUUCCCAACUUAGUUACCGGUUUCGAAAGAAAUCCCGCCCACGCAGCUAGGGCUGCUUUGUAUACACGUUAUACGCCUAUGGAGUGGUGUCAGGGGAACAUAGCUAAAUACAAUGAAGCGGAUACAAUGAGAAAUUACUCAGAAAGGCUUAGAGGGGACUUUAUCCGGGUUUUAAGGUACUUAUGA